AUGAAUAGGUCCGAGGAUCUGCUGUUGACUGGUUCCUCGCAGGCGUCGCAAGUUCAUGCUGCUGCUGUUAAUGGAGAUAAGGGUGCUCUUCACAGGCUCAUUAUCGGGAACUCUGCUCUUAAAGACAAAGCAGAUCAGUUUGGGAGAACACCGCUCAUGUACUGUGUGCUAGCUGACAGACUGGACUGUGCAGAUGCUCUCCUGAAGGCAGGAGCAGACGUCAAUAAAACUGACCACAGCCAGAGAACAGCCCUCCAUCUUGCAGCUCAAAAGGGAAAUUAUCGUUUCAUGAAACUCUUACUCACACGCAGAGCAAACUGGAUGCAAAAGGAUCUAGAAGAGAUGACGCCUUUGCACUUGACGACCCGGCACAAGAGCCCCAAGUGUUUGGCGCUUCUGCUGAAGUUUAUGGCCCCAGGAGAAGUGGACACACAGGAUAAAAACAAGCAAACGGCUCUCCACUGGAGCGCCUACUACAAUCACCCUGAGCACGUGAAGCUCCUCAUCAAGCACGAUUCCAACAUCGGGAUCCCUGAUGUCGAAGGCAAGAUCCCGCUUCACUGGGCAGCCAACCACCAAGAUCCCAGUGCCGUUCAUACCGUGAAAUGCAUUCUGGAUGCUGCUCCGACAGAGUCUUUACUGAACUGGCAAGACUAUGAGGGUCGAACACCUCUUCACUUUGCAGUCGCUGAUGGGAAUGUAACAGUGGUUGAUGUCCUGACCUCCUAUGAAAGCUGCAACAUUACGUCUUAUGAUAACUUAUUUAGAACCCCGCUUCACUGGGCGGCUUUACUAGGUCAUGCACAGAUAGUCCAUCUCCUGUUGGAAAGAAACAAGUCUGGAACCAUUCCGUCUGACAGCCAGGGAGCCACCCCCUUGCACUAUGCAGCUCAGAGUAAUUUUGCUGAAACAGUUAAAGUGUUUUUAAAACAUCCUUCAGUGAAAGACGAUUCGGACCUUGAAGGAAGAACAUCGUUUAUGUGGGCUGCUGGGAAAGGCAGUGAUGAUGUCCUUCGGACUAUGCUGAGCUUAAAAGCCGACAUUGACAUUAACAUGGCAGACAAAUACGGAGGUACAGCUUUGCACGCUGCUGCCCUUUCUGGCCAUGUCAGCACCGUGAAAUUACUGUUGGAAAAUAGUGCUCAAGUAGAUGCCACUGAUGUCAUGAAACACACUCCACUUUUCCGAGCCUGCGAGAUGGGACACAAAGAGGUGAUUCAAGCACUUAUUAAAGGUGGAGCAAGGGUUGAUCUGGUUGACCAAGAUGGACAUUCUCUUCUACAUUGGGCAGCACUGGGAGGAAAUGCCGAUGUCUGCCAGAUAUUGAUAGAAAAUAAGAUCAAUCCUAAUGUACAAGAUUAUGCAGGGAGAACCCCUCUACAGUGUGCUGCAUAUGGGGGGUACAUCAACUGUAUGGCUGUGCUCAUGGAAAAUAAUGCCGACCCCAAUAUUCAAGACAAAGAGGGAAGAACAGCUUUGCACUGGUCCUGUAACAAUGGAUACCUUGAUGCCAUUAAAUUAUUGCUAGACUUUGCUGCUUUCCCUAAUCAGAUGGAAAACAACGAAGAGAGAUACACACCCCUUGACUAUGCUUUGCUUGGUGAGCGCCAUGAAGUGAUCCAGUUCAUGUUGGAGCAUGGUGCCCUAUCCAUUGCGGCUAUCCAAGACAUUGCUGCCUUCAAAAUCCAGGCUGUCUACAAAGGAUAUAAGGUCAGAAAAGCUUUCCGAGACCGGAAAAAUCUCCUUAUGAAGCAUGAGCAGUUGAGAAAAGAUGCCGCUGCCAAGAUCAUCUUUCUCUUCACGUUUGUCGGCGACUCUUGUGUGAACCCACAGCACUACCUGCUCUUUUUCCAGCCUCCACACCUGAAUUCUCUGCCCGGGAGCGACAGGCUAUCCCGAGUGGCAAAAACAUCCAGAGAACAUUCUAAAGGCCGAUCUGCCUGUGUCCACUUCAACCCCAAUGAAGGCAGCGAUGGAAUCAGGCAGCCAGGAGCCUCCUCUGUGGAGAAGCCCAGGCGUCAGACAGUUGGUGAGCAGCAGUGUGAGAAGGGGAGAGGCUUCCUGAAGCAUCCCUCCAGCACCCGGGUAGUGGGGACUGGUGAGAAAGGACAGGAUCCUAGUCAGGCGGCUGUGAGUCUCCCACAGCAGGACGGCCCUGAGAAGCCCCGGCCGCGGCGUGACAUGGUGCCCAAGGCCAAGUGUGCCCCCCGCAAAAGGCGUGCUCAAGAGCUCAAAGGAGGACGGCGCUCCCCGGCUGGCUCGAGCCGGCCUGGCAGUGCCAAGGGGGAGAUGCUCCGGGCCGGGCAGGGUUCUCUCCACCAUCGAGCACCGAGGAACAGAGUGCCGCAGGACAAGCUGGCAGGAGGGCUAAGCUCAGAUUGGCCCCAGAGCACAGAGACGGUGAGAGCAGGAGCCCGCAAGCCGGGGACGUGCACUGCGUCUCAGGAGACUGGCCCGCCGCCUGGCCUCUCUGGACAGACUGUGAAUAUUGGCCUUCUCCCCGUAGAGCUCCGACUGCAGAUAAUCCAGCGAGAAAGGAGCAGGAAAGAGCUGUUUCGCAGAAAGAACAAGGCGGCAGCAGUCAUCCAGCGCGCCUGGAGGAGCUAUCGGCUCAAGAAGCACCUCUCCACCCUUCUGCACGUGAAGCAGCUUGGCGCCAGAGAUGUGGACAGAUGGAGCCAUGAGUGUGUGGCCUUGGUCCUCCAGCUUUGGCGGAAGGAACUGGAACUAAAGGCUCCAAAGACCAUCGCAGCUGGCAGGACCACCAAGAGUCCAUCCAAGGGUGGCUCAGGCAUGAGGUCCGCCAAGCACUCAGUGCUUCAGCAAAUCUACGGUUGCCCUCAAGAAGGCAAAAUCCAUCUUCCAACUAGAUCUCCCAAAGCCCCGUCUGUGCUGCAUCUCGGUUCAGUGAGCACCUUGCAGUGCAUCCAACUCCAUGAGAACAGUGGAAGAUCAAAGACCUUUUCUUACAACCUGCGAUCAGCUACUACUCGAUCAAAAAGCCAAACAAAGCUGUGA